ACAUAUAUCGAAGAAGAGAUUUGCUCUUUAACUGUAAAUAUACUUGUAUAUCGACGCUGAACGCGAAAAAAUAAUAAAAAUGAAAAUACUUAUACUUGUUAUGAUGCUAGCCUUGGGCUGCCGUGCCCAGCAACAUCAGCAGAAUCUACACGGCCAUCCGAAUCCCAACAAUAUACCGCGUAAUGAGAAACCCGACCAUCGAGACAUUGAUCCUCGCGAGACCAGCACUUGGAUACCCAUACUCAAGUACAACAAGGAGCAGAGCGAGGAUGGCAGCUACAAGACUGAAUACGAAACGGGCAACAACAUUGUGCACGAGGAGACGGGCUUCCUCAAGGAUUUCGAUACGAAUCCAAACGGUGUGCUCGUCCAGCAUGGCCAGUAUUCUUAUCAAUCGCCCGAAGGCACCCUCGUUAAUGUCCAGUACACAGCCGAUGAGAACGGUUUCCGGGCCACUGGCGACCAUAUACCCACACCACCCGCCAUUCCCGAGGAGAUACAGAAGGGUCUCGAUCAGAUCUAUGCGGGUAUAAAGUUGCAGCAGGAGCGUCUGGAACAGCGUGCCAAAAGUGAUCCCGUCUUUGCCAAAAAACUAGAGGAGCGUCGUGUGGCCAAUCAAAAUGGACAAUACAUUGGUCUAUUAGAGAAUCAAUAA